AUGAAAGCGAACUUUGGGCACAUAACUCCUGUGCCACUGAACAUGGAGCUGAUAGACACGUCUCUCAAUAAGACCCAAAGAAAGACGCCGACGGUUGUCCAUCCCCAGUACAACAUCAUUAAGAUAAGGAUGUUUUACAUGAGGAAGGUGAAGCAUGCUGGAAACGAGUUUGCAUCGAGGCUUGGAACGAUUCUUACUGACUUCCCGAGGAUUGAGGACAUCCAUCCAUUUUAUGCAGACUUGAUCAAUGUUCUAUAUGACAGGGACCACUACAAGCUUGCUCUUGGGCACGUGAAUGCAGCAAGGAAUGGGAUUGAAAAGGUCUCGAAGGAGUUUAUGAAGCUCCUGAAGUUUGCAGACAGUCUUUACAGAUGCAAACAGCUGAAGAGGGCUGCACUUGGGAGGAUGGCAUCUGGAGUGAAAAGGCUCGGAAAGACGCUGGAGUAUCUGGAAGAGGUUAGGAUGCACAUGAGUAGACUGCCGUCGAUAGAUCUGUCUGGAAGAACUCUUCUUGUAUGUGGAUUUCCAAAUGUUGGGAAGAGCUCAUUUGUCAAGAAGGUGUCGAGAGCAGACGUCGAGGUUCAGCCCUAUCCAUUUACAACAAAAAGCCUUUAUGUGGGGCACUUUGACUACAAGUAUCUGAAAUGGCAGGUGAUUGAUACUCCAGGGAUUCUUGACCAGCCUCUUGAGAACAGAAACACCAUUGAGAUGCUCAGCAUAACUGCGCUUGCACAUAUAAAGGCUGUUGUCUUGUACUUCAUUGACCUGAGUGAGACGUGCGGAUACUCUAUUGAGGAGCAGAUAGAUCUAUUUAACACACUGAAUCCUCUCCUCAACUCGACCAUGGUUAUUGUGCUAAGCAAGAGCGACAUUAUGAAGCUGUCUGAGGUAGAGAACAAGGAGAUGAUCACGAAGUUUCUGGAAGGAAAGAAGUACAUGGAGAUGAGUUGCGAAAGGGAGGAGAACAUAGACACAGUCAAAGGAAUGGCGUGCGAUCUCUUACUUGACGAGAGGUUUGAGAAGAAGAUCAACAGCGACAAACUUUGCGAGCACAUCAAUAGAAUCACCAUAAUCAGGCCGAGGGAAGUGAGGGAGAAGGCCGAGGCAUUUAUCUGCUCGAGGGAGAUAACGGAGAUUGAGAAUGAACAGGAAAGGUAUCUUGUUCCCGAGGAGUAUAAGUACGACAUUGUUCCUGAGAUCAUUGACGGCAAGAAUGUGGCUGAUUUCUUUGACCCCGAGAUUGAGAAGAGGCUCUCAGAGAUUGAGAAGGAAGAAGAGGAUAUGCUCCCGAUGUACGACAAGACAUACGAUGUCCUGUCCCCGGAGGAAAGGGCCAUAAAGAAGGAAGUUGCCAUUGGGAUAGAAAGAAGGAGGAUUAUCAACAGGCUCAAUGAGAAGAAGAAGAUCCCGGACUCGUGGAAACUUAGAUCAAAGAGCGGCGGGGGAGAGGUAGCUGUCCAGGUGAAAAAGGAAAGCAAGAUCCAGGUUGUGCAGCCUCCCAAGCACCUAAAGAAGAAGAAGGCCAGGUUUGACGACAAGAACUACUACGACAGGAAGCCGAAGCACCUCUACAGAGGCCGCAGGUGA